AUGAGCGACAACGGGGAGUAUCGGUAUCAACUGGCCAGCGGCGUGUCUGAUGGCGAGAAGAAAGGGGAAGGGAAAGCCCGAAAAUCGGCUUUGGAUUAUGCGCACCAAGCCGGCCGUCCGGGACGAACUGAGACUGGCAUAAGAGACAGCCAAACGGACUGGCAACAGGACACGAAGAUAUGGCUGGGCCCUUGGAGGGGAAGCGAGGUUUAUGCAACUUUCAAACUUACCCUCGCACGAUGUGAAAUUAUGAGCAGACCACCGAGGACAUUUCCCUCGUCUAUAAGCUACAAGCGUCUCAUUUUCCAAUCAGAUGAUAAUGCUCGGAUGCCCCAUUCGACACCGUAUACUUUCACGUACGGGGGUUUAGCGACACUGAUCAUCAUAGUCAAGAACGUCUUGGAGAAGAAGACAAACAACGGAAUCGUGACGGCGGAAGACGGGUUGAAGUCGACGACAUUUAUCGUAACUGCUAUGCCGUCGGACGUCCAGGUGUACGGCAGUCAUCUUUCCCGUUCUAUUUCUCUUCCACGGGUUGGCCAAUUCAUCUUCGUCGAGUAUCUAUGGACAUUUAUUUUAGAUUCCUCGUUUGUCCAGAGGCAAGGUGACGAUGACGAUAACGACGGCGACAGAGACAGAGACAGUGGUCUGCCCCGAGGUGGUCUGCCGCCCCGAGGUGGUCUGCCCCGAGGUGGUCUGCCGCCCCUAGCUGGUCUGCCCCCAGCUGGUCUGCCCCCAGCUGGUCUGCCCCUAGCUGCCCUCGCCCUCGCCCACGACCGAGCCCUCGCCCUCGCCCACGACCAAGCCCUCGCCCUGCCCCUCGGCCCCUUUCGAUAUAACGCUAUGGAUUAUCGGGGUGCUCACGAUAAUCGCGACGGUUUUCGCGGGCUGGCCCGGCCGGAGGAACUGGCCGCAGCUACGCCGCCGGUUCGGGGGCUUCCUAGACCGCAUUAUGGCCAGUUGCAUAGUCGUUUGGGUGGCCUGGGCCGCUAG